AUGCCUGACAACAUAGUUGGCAGGUUUGUGUCCACAAGCAUUGACGAUGCUCAGCAUCUGGUUGACAUUACACCGAACCCAGACAGUAUUCGUCCAAAGAGGAAGAGAAAUCGACCUACAGUAUCGUGUCUUUGUUGUAAGCGCAAGAAAAUCAAAUGUGAUCGAUUGAAGCCAAUGUGCGGUGCCUGCUUGCGUAACCACAUGCCUGAUGGAUCUUGUGUCUAUGUUUCUCAUCUGCCAUCGAUAUAUGCAGCCGAAAUAUUGGAAAAGCAAAGUAUUGAAAGCGAGAAGGGAUCUUCCCGCUCUGACAGCUCUGAUUCUUUCGGAGACACAUCCAGACUGUCCCCUUUUAUGGAUACCACCGAUACUCUCACCAACAAUAUUAAUACAUCAGUUUCUCCUAAGUCCGAAGGUGAGCCGAAGAGCUUUAACCCACACAACAAAAGAAAGAGGAAGACAAAUCCCAUCAUGAAGGCCCCUAUUUCACCGACCGAUUAUGACGAUGAUCCCGGCUUUGACAAGGAUACACGCAUCGAGUCUUUGCUUAACGAGAUCGACCGACUUAGAAGUGCCCUAUUCAGAUUCGACAGUGACUGGCUCAGACCUCAAGUUUUCAAUGACAUAAGAGCUAAAGAUAUAUAUAUCCUUCGGGGAAUCCGCAAGGCGCAUUUGCGUCCGUUAAGUCACCUGUCCGAUCGGUGUCUUCGAUUCGAUAAACCAAAUUCGUCGUCCUUUCGUGGGCCUUCCAGUUUCAAAUCUUUACUUAUGUGUGAUGCAAACCUAGGACGACUAAUACGUGAUGUACAGGGUAACUUGGAAUGCGAGCGGCGUGCUUGGAGAAAAUCUAUCCACACUAGGCAGUAUCACGAUGCCAUGAAUCUUACACUACAAACCACCAGUGCCAAAAUUUCUCUUCAGGUGGGUUCACCUACUACGGCAAGACAGAUCGCUAUUAUUCGGAUGCUUGAAGAUUACCUAGUGGACUUUGAUCUCUUCAUGCGUCUUACCAAGAACUCUUUUUCAGUGAUGAAAAGUUUCCUUCCUGUGACGCCGAAAGCGUUAAUGGAUGAUAUUAUAUCACGGCGGUUUCAAAGGGUUCCCGGAUCUAAUCGGAUCAAAAUCAUUCUUUCUGGCUUCCCUUCGGAUUUUGCAGAAAUUGCCCUCGUGAUUAGCUCUCUUAAAUUUGGAUUUACAACAAUAAUAGCGAACAAAUCCUCUAAAGAAUUCUCCCAGACGCAUCCUUCAAAUGGAAUCGAAGAUAAUCAUUUUUCUAUCUAUUCGGAAGACAAGACCAAUUUGUUGUACUUCUUUGCCACCAAUCUUCUUGAAGAAGCAGAGUACCGCACUUUUGCCACUCUCCCUACAUUGCUUACAUUGAUUAUUCUUUUCUUUAUUGCUUUGAGAAACGUUGAGAAGUAUGAUUUUGUUACUUUUGAUAAUAUUCCAACUUUUCAAAGUACCACUAUCCAGAUGGCCAUUGUCCUGGGAUUUCAUCGCGGCAAAUCGGAAAGCACUUCUGUGAUUCAAGUGGAAGAUGGUUCUGCGCCACCGCACUGCCGACGUUUAAUAAAUCUUCUUUCUACUGAUGAUUGGCACAGUAUUUGGUGUGCGGUAAUGUACUUGGAUACAAUGGGGAGUUUCAAUUUGGGUAUUCCUUCAAUGAUGAAUCAGACUGUUGACAGAUGCUACGAAACGGGUAACUUCAAUCCUGAUAUUAGAUACAUCAUUGGGGCUUACCGUACCGUACUUAGGUUGAUUACAGAGCCAACACCAGAUAAAUCGAGAAGGACCGAUCUGAUCGAUAGACAGUACGAUCCCUCAUCACCAACGCUUUUCCAGUUGGAGAAAGUCAUUCUGAAUAUCGAAAUGUACAAUAACAACAGAAUGGCUUCAUUCAAUAAACUAAUGAAUCAGAUGCACACUACUGAAAAUCAGGAUGAAAUGCCUGGUAUUAUUUUCUCCUUAUUGUUAAAGUUGAGAAUCUCAGCCUUAUUGCUUUUUCUCUAUGUUCAUAGUUAUUUGGUUUUUAGAGAUUCCAACAACGAUCUUAUAAGAAUGGGUCGUAUGUUUGGCAAGUCACUCGAUGAGGUGAAGGAAUUAGAAACCAGAUUGUUCAGAAGGGCCCUUAAAUUCGCUAUUUUAAUGCUUGGCUUGUUGAAUCAUAUUUUGUUAAACGACUUUUACCAGAAUGUUCAUGCUUUGGGAGUAUUUUCCACCGAUCUCUCCGGUGUCUUCAUUCGCUGCAUAUUCUCUCUUUGCAGUUAUGUUGCUGAAGCCUUAGAAAAGAAGGAUUACGAGAAUAAGGUGACUCUUCGUAUUGAUGAUCUUGACUUACCAACUCUGGAGCUAUUACUGAAUGCUGCGAAUGAGUUUUCUUCAGACACUACUGUGGUAGCUAAAUAUAAGCAGGGUAUGGAAAAGAUAAAGCAAUGUUUUAUGUGUCCCGUAUCUCUAUUGCAUUACCUUAAUGGAUUCUACUUCAAUUCCUCCAGAUCCUCAAUUUCUAGGGACUACAAUUUCUUUGCCAGUUACAAGUAUUUAUUCCUCUGCUUGAACUAUAUGGAAGAUAACAAGCUUACCUUUGAGACCUUUGACCGGGAGAAGUUUUUCAAGGCUUUUAAGAAUAUUGACGGUACCUGGUUUUCUAGUUAG